AAGCGCGCUCGUGCUCCGCCGGAGCCCCAGCCUGAAGAGCCACCUUUGGGUGGUUCCUGCGGACGGCCCUGGUUUCCCAGGCGGGGCUCGCGGUGGCGGCGGCGGCGGCGGCGGCUCAGCCCUGCCCUCCCGCCGCAGCGUGUCGCCGUCGCCCCAGAACGGCUGCACCGGUGCCGAAAUGCUGCCGCCCUGCCGGGGCCUGCUAUGGCUUGGUCUGGUCUUGGGUUCCGUCUGCAGCUCCCUCGAGUCUGCGGCGCCAGAUCCUCUGAAUGUCCUUCUGAUCAUCGUGGAUGACCUGCGUCCCUCCCUGGGCUGUUAUGGGGACCAGCUCAUCAGGUCCCCAAACAUCGACCAACUGGCAUCCCACAGCCUCCUCUUCCAGAAUGCCUUUGCUCAGCAAGCAGUGUGCGCCCCGAGCCGGGUGUCCUUCCUCACCGGGAGGAGACCAGACACCACCCGCCUGUAUGACUUCAACUCCUACUGGAGGGUGCAUGCUGGAAACUUCUCCACCAUCCCCCAGUACUUCAAGGAGAAUGGCUACGUGACCAUGUCGGUGGGAAAAGUCUUUCACCCUGGAAUAUCUUCAAAUCAUAGUGACGAUUCUCCAUAUAGCUGGUCUAUUCCACCUUAUCAUCCCUCCUCUGAAAAGUAUGAAAACACCAAGACAUGUAGGGGGCCAGACGGAGACCUCCAUGCCAACCUGCUUUGCCCCGUGGAUGUGGCAGAUGUGCCUGAGGGCACCUUGCCUGACAAACAGAGCACUGAGGAAGCCAUACGCUUGUUGGAAAAGAUGAAAACAUCUACCAGUCCUUUCUUCCUGGCUGUUGGGUAUCAUAAACCGCACAUCCCCUUCAGAUAUCCCAAGGAAUUUCAGAAGUUGUAUCCCUUGGAGAACAUCACCCUGGCUCCUGAUCCCCAGGUCCCUGCUGGCCUCCCUCCUGUGGCCUACAACCCCUGGAUGGACAUCAGGCAGCGGGAGGAUGUCCAAGCCUUAAACCUCAGCAUGCCCUAUGGCCCAAUUCCUGUGGACUUCCAGCGGAAAAUCCGACAGAGCUACUUUGCCUCUGUUUCGUAUUUGGAUACACAGGUUGGCCGCCUUUUGAGUGCUUUGGAUGAUCUUCAGCUGGCCAACAGCACCAUCAUUGCAUUUACCUCAGAUCAUGGGUGGGCCCUAGGUGAACAUGGAGAAUGGGCCAAAUACAGCAAUUUUGAUGUCACUACCCGCGUGCCCCUGAUGUUCUAUGUCCCGGGCAGAACGGCUCCGUUUCCAGAUGCAGGCGAGAAGCUUUUCUCUUACAUCGACCCUUUUGAUCCCCUCUCGGAAGUCAUGGAGCCAGGCCGGCAAGCCUUGGACCUCGUGGAGCUUCUCUCUCUCUUCCCCACGCUUGCAGGACUUGCGGGACUGCACGUUCCACCUCGCUGCCCUAGUCCUUCAUUUCACGUUGAGCUGUGCCGAGAAGGCCAAAACCUUCUGAAGUAUUUUCGAUUCCAUGACUCGGAAGAGGACCCAUACCUUCAUGCUAAUCCCCGUGAGUUGAUUGCCUAUAGCCAGUACCCCCGGCCUGCAGACUCCCCUCAGUGGAAUUCUGACAAGCCGAGUUUGAAAGAUAUAAAGGUCAUGGGCUAUUCCAUACGCACAAUAGACUAUAGGUAUACUGUGUGGGUUACCUUCAAUCCCGAUGAAUUUCUGGCUAACUUUUCUGACGUCCAUGCAGGGGAACUGUAUCUUGUAGAUUCGGACCCUUUGCAGGAUCACAACAUGUAUAAUGACACCCAAGGUGGAGACCCCCCUUUCAUUGAUGCCUUGAGUUUUGCCAACCACAGAGGGCGUAUAUGAUGCAUUCCCUUCCAGCUGGUGAGAGAAGGAGUUAGAGCUAGUUAUUUUGUAAUUACUCAUAAUAUUGGAGGUAACCUGAGGGGUAGGCAAUCAAAACAUGUAUCAGCAAUUUGGCCUGAGAAUAUGUAAUGGCCAAACCUUCUGAUUUCAUCUUUAUUGCUUUCUAAUUGGUGAUUGGACUGGGGCUAGGCUGAACCUUUCUUUCCAUUUUUUUUUCGUUUAACAGCCGUAGAGUGAAUAAGUCAUUGAAUGAAUAAGUACCAAGUUAGCAAACUAAAAUUGUCAUAACUGAACCUAACACUAUACUCAAGAAAUACUUAGUGAAAUUUAGUGCAUUUCAAAAAGCAACCAUGUAUCAAAUUCGGUUCAACACUAAGUUCCUGGCUCUUUUGUUUAUAAUUUAAUAAUAUAUCUUAUUUAGCCCAAUAUGUUCAAAAUAUUAUGUCAACAUCUAAUCCAGGUUUCUUUUUAAAGUUAAUAAUGUUAGAUGCCAAGGCCUUAAAGUCUAUCUUCAAUUUUUCUAAGAUCGCAAAUUUUCAAAUCCAAAGAUAAAAUAUACAUGAAGUGAUUAAUGUGGAAUUUCUACAUCAAAUAAUAAAUAAUGCUCAGUAAACUAGAGGCAUGAGAUGUAUGGGAAGUUCAGUUAAAAAUUUUCAGAGACUUUUGGGCGCAAGUAAUAAUUUGUGAGCAAAUAAUUUGACCCUUGAACCCAAAGGCCAUCUCUUAAAAGGCACUGUUACUCAUAAUGGAAAACAUUUAAAGGCCUAACUGUACCCGUGAACUGAGUCCCUCAGAACCGUAUUAGUGUUUCUCCCUCUUUAGGGAUGGUUGGUUGCAAACACCCGUUUAUCCCGGAGGCAGGAAAUACUCUUAAUUGCUGAUUAAAGAUGACAUUAAUUUAUUAAAUUAUAAAUUAUUUUGAGAGUUGUGAACACUUUUUAUUAGCAUAAUAUUAGGUAAUUUCAAAUCCCCCAGAAUGUAGUUCUGUGUUUCCUAAAUAUAAAAGUAACCAGAAAGGCAGGUGAUAGUAGUAAGCUUAGCCUAUGUCAUUUUUAAAAAGAUGGAAUAUUCACAACUCAUAUUUACAACAUGUUGAAGCCAAUCUAUUAUCAGUAGUCAUCAGAAGAGUCAGGCACUUUCUAAAUAAACGUCUGAUGUAGUCCUUUAUCAAAGUGAAUAACUUUUAGUAAUUCUUUCUUUACAAGUGCUGCUUCAGUGUUUAAAGGUAAAUGUGAAACAAAAUACAGCAAAUUAGGUUGUUACUGCAACAUAUUGUAACCAAAAAGGCAAGAUAUUAUGUUAAAAUAUUAAAAGGUUACUUCAAACCAGUAAAAUUUCAAAUACUGAUUUUUUUUUUUUUUUACUAACUAGCCUAUAGUAGAGUUAUAUAUGGUAACACAAUGACCUAAGCAAUUAAGUGACUUAGUGUUCUGGCAGCGACAAUUUCUACUUGAGGACUGAAGUGCCCCAUUCAUCUCUCCGAUCCUGAAGCUCGUCUCUUUUCUGGAAUCCUCAGCUUUUGGAAAGUUUCCCUCAUCCUUUUCUUUCUCCUUCUUCAUCGCUCUCCACACUUCUACUAAGAAUUUUACAAUCCUGUCUCAAUUCCUCAUGACGUAUUGUCAGUGGAUUUAGCAUUAUCUCCUACCCCACAGCUGCGAGUUUUAACACAGGCUUUUAUUUCACAUCCAUUUGUUGUCCCUGGUUGGCCACAAUAUGUAUACCUCAUCAUUUUUUCUCGCUUUAUUUCUUGAAGCAUAAUUUUAGUAUCCAAAAUCUCCACAUUCUGCUCUUGCUGAAGUCGUAAGCUGAACUGUGCCAGGAGAGUGAAGUGCCCCUGCAGUGGAUGCAGCGCCCCUGCAGUGUACCUGGAGGUGGCUGCAGCAUCACUGAUGUGGAUUCAGUGUCCUUGAAGGUGGAUGCAGUGCCCCUGCAUUUGUUGCAGGGGCCAUGCAUGGCGACACGCUCAUCGGAUGUGCAGCUGCCAUUUUGGCAGUAAUUCACCUGUGGGGCCGAAGCCACCUCCUGGUCUGGGUCUACCUGGGGCGCUUUUGCAUGUCAGUCUGUCUCCACUGGAAGUGCUUCUGUCUCAUCUUUUCUACGUGAGGGCAUAGCCCCAGUGCUUCAGCUCUCCUUAGGGUUUAGUUUUCCUUGGCCUCCCUUUAAGAAUCUCUCCUUUACAAGUGAAUUCUGCAUUGCGUGUACAGUGGCAUGGUCUUCUUAUGGGUUAUGGUUGCUUUCUGUGCUUUUGACACUGAACUCAAUUGAGAGCCACUUUUUAUUUCUUUUUGCACAUCUCCACCACACAGUGGGGUGAGCGGCCUCUUUCUGGUUUUCGGAUAUCACAGCUUGCCACAUUCCUUAUUUUGACUUGGCUUAGAGAAACCACAUUUUUGUUGCUUCAUAUACCUUUUCUCCAAUCCCUCUGAGCUGCACAUGUUUUAUUAAUGCUUCUCCAGUCACUUUAUUUGUAGAAAUCCCCACUGCAUUUGAGCAGGGGUUCUUUUAUACAGUUUAGUUGAAACCAGAACUAGUGAUCCCAGAAAUUUUGAUUGGCCCUAAUUCAGCGGCUCAUAAACAUGAGGGUGCACCAGAACCACCUGAAAGGCUUGUUAAAACCCAGUGUGCUGGGCCCUGCCUGCAGAGGUUCUGAUUCAGUGCAUCUGGGGUGGGGCCUGAGAAUUUGCAUUUCUUAAAAAUCACACUGCUCCUCCAAAGGCAACACUUUGAGAACCACUGCCCCAGGUGUGCGCUGCCCAGUAGCCACUAGGCACAUGUGACUUUAAAUUUAAGUUAAUUAAAAUGAAACAAACAUUUCAGAAGCAGAAUCUCAGUUGCGCUUGCCAUAUUUCAAGUGCUUGAUAGCCACAUGUGGUUAGCGGCUACCGCAUUGGACAGCACAGAUCUAGAACCUUUCCAUCAUGGCAGAAAGUUGAUUGAAUGGAGGAGCCCUAGAUUAACUCUGAAUUUGAGCUGGAUCCACCUGGCUGUUGGCAAGGUCCUCCUGUGGGUUGAUCCGCUACCCCGUGUUUGCCUGCAAGGAAUUGUCUGGAGGUUACUGAAGUGUGUUUGGUUUAAGUGUAGUGUAGGGAGUUCACCCUGGCAACCGGCCUCUUCCUCUCCACUCUCAUCACCAUCAGCCCAGCCCUUCACACCUCCUUCCCAAGUAGUUGACCUCUCCCUCCUCUUUCCUCCCUUGCCCCUAAAGAAUCCAUGUGUCUUCCUGAAAUCCCUCUUUGAACCUGCCCUUUGAGAACACCGUUAGUGCCUACUUCUGGGUCUACACAGACCUCCGCUGAGCAGUCAGAGUCUUCCCUGACUCCACGAAGCCCCUUUCCUCGGCUGACCAGUUUACGUACUGGUCCCUGACUCUCCCUUGCCAAUCCCUACCUCCCUGCCCACCCCUAGGUUCUUCCCUCCUCCCUUCACCAUCCAUUCGUGACCAUUCUUCACACCCCACUCCCAUGCCCCCAGUUCCAAGAGGCUGGGGUUUGUGACUCUCUAGCUUGUACCACGGGAUGAAAUGAACCUCGCUAAAGACUCUUGUGGUGACCUUACUGAAAAGAGGUAUUUUUUCGGAUUGUGAAAUUAAUGUGUUAAUUAUAGAAAGGUUGGAAAACACAUGUAAUAAAAAGUAAGAAAAUGCAUCAGGAUUUUACCCUAAGUCACUUAAUAUCUUGUCUUUUGGGGAGUAUGAAGUUCUCACAUUGUGACCAUGCUAUGUGCUUUAUUGUGCAAUUUUAUAUUCUCAUUUUUUCACUAAGUGUAACAUGUGGUUAUUACAGAUUUUUGCAAAGAUAGUUUAUAUUGGUGGUAAUAUAUUUUAUUGUGUAGUUUUAUCAUAAUUUACUUAACCUUAUCUCAAUUAUUGGAAAUUUGGUUUAUUUCCAGAUUUUUGGUAUUACAAAUAAUCCUGUGAUGAAUAACCUUGUGAAUAAAAUGUUCUUAUGUGUUUCACAUUACCCACUUAGGAUAGUCUCUCAGUGCCAAAUUGUCAAAAGCAUCGCCAUUUUCCUCUUCUCACGACUCUCCUACUACCUUAGGGUAGUAAAACUAAAAAUAAAGCAAACAAGGACACAAAUAAUAAAAACCGUAGAACCAAACAAAACGAAAAACCCCAACCCCCGUGAUAAUAGAUGAAAGUGGUAUCCUGUUUUAGCGUCAAAUUCUUUGCUUGUUAGUGACUUUGAUCGUUGUUCUUUCUGUAUGAUUGCUGGGCAUUUGUAUUUCCAGUUGUGUGAAUUUGCCUUCACAUUUUGGUUAUGGGUUUCACUUUUUUAAGUAAUCAAACAAAUCGCUCUUUUCCUAUGUGAUUUUUUUUCCUGUUAAACAUGGAGACCCCUCCCAAUCUGGAGAUUGAAUAAAUAUGCAUUUUCCUUUGUU